AUGGAAGCAUUGAUUGGUGCUGGUCUUAUGCCAUUACCAUCAAAAAGCAUCGAAAAAAAUAAUCCUAAUGUAACUUCUAUAGUUACAUCAGAUGAACUUUAUCCAGUUUUAAACGAAGAUACAACAGAUAUUAACGAUGAAGGAAAACGACUAAAUGAAGCAUUAGCUAAAUUUCCAACAUAUCCAUCACUUGUUGAAUUAAAAGCAAUGAUUGAUGAACAACAACCUGAUGCACCAGCAGUUAUUGAACCACCAUCAAUAGAACCAUUAAAAGAAUUUCUUGAAAGACGUGCGAUAACAAUAGAAGGAUUAAAAGAUCUUCGAGCUCGUAUGGCUAAACAUGUUAUGAAUUGUAAAAUUUCUAAUACAGUUGGUAAUUCAGCAUCGAUUAUUGGUGGACUUUUAUGUUUUGUUUUUCCACUUAUUGGUGUUCCAGUAUUACUUGCUGGUACUGCAACAAGUCUUGGAACUACUAUUACAGAAGGUUUUAUUGAAAAACGUCUUCGAACAAAAUAUGUCGAUAUGGUAAAAGAAGAUGCAUUAGCCAUGAAAGUAUGUGAAACAAAUAUCAGAGAUAUUACAGCAUGGCUUGUAACUGUUUAUUCACUUGGUUAUUCAGUAUCAAGAGCUGGAAUAAAUUUUUUACAAUUAUCUGAAGCUAUUCAAGCAGCUUCAACAUUAGGUACGUGGGCGGAAUUAGUUGCACAAUUACCAUCAUUAGCUGGUGCUCUUGCAACUGGUGCUAAAACAGCUGGUACAAUAAGUGGAAAAAUUCUUGGUAUAUCAGUAGUUAUUUCUGUAGCUGAUCUUAUACACACAUGGAUAUCAAAAAAUGCAACAUUAAAAUCAAUUGAUAAAGAUAUUGGACUACUUGAACAACAAUUAAUUGAAUUAAAACGAAUAGCUGAAGCUUAUCAUCCUUAG